AUGAAAACCUGUGAAAAGGACGCCGAAAAUAACCACUUUUGGCGCCAGAAACGGCCGCCUGUUUCUAGCCUCUCCAUUUCCAUGGGCGGGUUCCUAACAUUAUCAUCCCUAAAAACAGAAACAGCAAGUGCAAAGAUGACGAGAAAAGCGUCGCAUACCAGUGGGAUCGCACUGGAUGGGGCACAACGAUUAGUCAGGGUAAUCAUCAUUGCUGCCCUAAAAGCGAGCCCAUUCCUGUUGAAAAUUGCCACUGGGUUGGCAAAGGAAGACACUUACGGUGCAUAUAACUGGGGUCGGAAGAAGGCACUUUGCUGCUCUCCCAAUCCAACGGCCCUGGAGACUUUGACAUGCGAUGCCGAUUUGUGCAGUGACUUUGACGAAGGUUGCGACGAGGAGGAUGGCUUUGUAGGUGAAGGUGACGGGUAUUAUACCCUGCUUAGCAAGCGCUCCUAUGAACUCUCUAAUGGCAAAAGAAUGUGGAGUUAUGGACCGCCUCAUGUCAUUGAGUCAAGAGUGGCAACAGUACCCGGCAAGGCGAGGUCACUAAAGAUAGCGAUUGAUGCGAUCACGGGCUCGAGUCUAUUCAAGGACGGGAUGAAGAGGCUAUUCAGACCGUACCCACCAGGGCUCAAGGUAUUCAAAGGAGAGGGAUCGUCCACUUUGGGUCUCGCUGGAGGCUUCAGCAUGUUACAAGAUGGUUCUCACGCGGAGCAUAUGAUGGAGGUGAAUACCACUACUCUGUCGCAUCCUUCUGGUUUUGAAGCAUUGGCUGACCAGACGAUCGAGCUAAAUAUGAUCCUGAAGUUCCUAGUAACGACUUUGUCGGGAGAUUUUCCAGACGGGAAUCUGAUGAAAGCCGCAAAGAUAGAUCUAGCGAACUUUUUGGCUAGAUGGAACAAAGUAUAUGAUGUAUCUCUACCGCUGGUAGGACAACUUGUCACUGAUGUUAAGGGUUGGGCUGCCCCAAUGACUCCAAAUGAUCGUGUCUUUGAGAUUUUAGGCUCCUACGCCUAUCGCACGGGAAUGUCUAUCCUCGAGGCUGAGAUGAACAUUAUCAAGAUGACUCUUUGGAUGGAUUAA